CCAAAGUAUCACUCAUUACCCUAAAGUAAGCUUCACCCAUUCAUUCUUCCAAGUCCCUAACUACUUUGGGGAAACACUCUAUCCAUUGAGCGAUUGUCCUUCACGCAUGCUCCUUCGCUCUUGGUGCGGAUUCAUCAGCACGCUGCAUCGCGCUUCGUCACUUACCCGCAAUUUGCUGAUUAACCUUCAGGAAAUAAAGCUCUAGAUUCACCAAACAACAACAUAUCAACAGCCUAAUCUCAAGCACCACAAUAAAAACAAAUCUUCUGCCCUGCUCAAGUCGUCGAAAACCCAAGCUCAGCAAUCACAAUGGCGAGCGCAACCGCAGAUUUCGGCAUUGAUGUCUUUGCACGAUACAAGGACAUCUCCCUCGACCCAACAAACCCCACACUCACCGUAGAGCAGAAAGCCGACCUCCUCUCCAAUAUUUCCCUCCUGCGCGACACAAUCGUCUACUUCACAGCCUCUGGAGCUGCUCGCGGAGUCAGCGGUCACACCGGUGGUCCAUACGAUACUGUCCCCGAAGUAUGCAUCCUCGAAGCCUUCUUCAAGGGCUCCGCCGACAAAUUCCUCCCAAUCGUAUACGAUGAGUCCGGACACAGAGUCGCUACACAAUAUCUGCUGAGUGCUUUGCAUGGACAUCUCCCUUUCGAGCAUCUGCUGCAUUACCGCGAGGCCAACUCGAAGCUACCGGGACAUCCAGAAUUGGGUCUUACGCCGGGCAUUGCAUUUAGUUCGGGACGUCUGGGCCACUUGUGGUCUUUCGUCAAUGGGGUUGCUAUGGCUCACCCUGACAAGACUCUGUUCAUGCUGGGCUCGGAUGGAGCUCAACAAGAGGGUGACGAUGAUGAGGCGGCUAGAAUGGCGGUUGCACAGGGACUGAAUGUCAAGCUUUUGCUUGAUGAUAACGAUGUCACGAUUGCAGGCCAUCCUUCUGAAUAUCUUAAGGGCUACUCGAUGACUUCGACUUUGAAAGGCCACGGAUUGACUGUCUUUGAUGCUCCUGGAGAGGAUAUUGAGAAACUGUAUGCUGCUGUUUGCAGUGCGGUUACCACCAAGGGCCCAGCUGCCGUCGUUGUCAAGAGAAAGAUGGCGCCGGGAAUCAAGGGCUUGGAGGGUACAUCGCACGCACACGACGUUAUCCCGGUCAAGGUUGCGGUCGAAUACCUGAAGGAGCGCGGAUACGAUCAAGCUGUCUCCAAAUUGGAGGCCAUCACCCCCAACUCCCUCGCAUACCUAUACACCGGAUCAGGAAAGGAGAAGUUCGCAAACAGAGUCAUUUUUGGGGAGGCUGUAGUUUCCGUUCUUGAGCCACUUUCUCCAGAACAGGCCAAGGAGCGAGUCUUGGUCGUCGACUCCGAUCUCGAGGGCUCAACAGGUCUCAGUGUCAUCCACAAGAAGCGUCCAGAGGUCUUUCUCUCAUCCGGUAUCAUGGAGCGUGGUAACUUCUCCGCCGCAGCUGGUUUCGGUGCCUCAAAGGGCAAAGUCGGAAUCUUCUCUACAUUCUCUGCCUUCUGCGAGAUGAUCAUCUCAGAACUUACGAUGGCCCGUCUCAACAUGGCAAACGUGCUCUGUCAUUUCUCGCAUUCUGGUGUUGACGAAAUGGCCGACAAUACCUGCCAUUUUGGAAUUAACACUUUCUUCGCCGACAAUGGUCUUAUCGAUGGUGACACCACCCGCCUCUAUUUCCCAGCCGACGCAAACCAGAUGCGCGCUGCAGUUGCCAAGGUCUUCUGGGACGAAGGAAUCAGACUCAUCAUCUCCACCAGAGCCAAAGUCCCAUUGAUUCUCAAGGAGAAUUCGGAGGAGCCAUAUUAUGGUGAAGGAUAUGAGUUCGUGCCUUCUAAGGACGAGUUCAUCCGUACUGGUUCCGCAGGUUACGUCGUCACAUUCGGUGAGAUGGUCUACCGCGCCAUCGACGCAGUUGAUCGUCUCCGUUCUCAAGGCGUUGACGUCGGUCUCGUCAACAAAUCCACUUUGAACGUCGUUGACGAAGAAGCUCUUCGCAUCUAUGGCUCGUCUCCUUUCGUCCUGGUCGUCGAGAGUCUGAAUCAGAAGACUGGUUUGGGUAGCAAGAUGGGCACGUGGUUGUUGGAGAGACAGCUGACGCCCAAGUACAAGUAUAUCGGUACGACGAAGGAGGGAUGUGGUGGUCUUGGGGAGCAGAUCUUCCACCAGGGAUUGGACCCUCAGAGUGUGCUCAAGGCCAUUAGGACUUUGCAGUAGAGGGGCUCAGGAGGUUAUGGGGCUUUUGUGAGGAAUGGAAGUGGAAACAAAAUCAGAUGAAAUUAUGAAU